AGUUGUGUUUGUAAAAUAUGUGGCAAGAAAUUCCCAAAAAAUAGUAAACUAGUAGGACAUAUGAGAGUGCAUACAAAAGAGAAACCUUUUAGAUGUGAGGUUUGCACCAGAGCAUUUGCUCUAAAAGAUAACCUCAUAAAACAUAAGAAAGUACAUACAGACGAGAAGCCACAUAGCUGUGAGAUAUGUAGUCGGUCAUUCUCUGUGAAGGCUACUCUUGUGAAACACAUGAAAGUACAUACAAAGGAGAAGCUUCAUAAAUGUCAGGUUUGUUGUAAAGCAUUUGCUCACAAAUGUGAUCUAAAGCAGCAUGUGAGAGUACAUACAAAGGAGAAGCCUUAUGUUUGCAAAAUAUGUAACAGGGGUUUUGCUGGGCAUACUAAUCUAGUUUACCACAUGAGAAUACAUACACAAGAGAAACCAUAUACAUGUACAGUUUGCAGUAAGGGAUUCUCACAAAAACAGUUUCAAGUGGACCACAUGGGAGUACAUACAAAGGAGAAGCCUUUUACCUGUAAGAUAUGUAGUAAGACCUAUACUUAUAAACAUCAUUUGGUGAGGCACAUCCGUGUACAUACACAAGAGAAGCCUUAUAUGUGCAAGGUAUGUAGUGCAUCAUUUGUUCGGAAAGAAUAUCUUCUGAAGCAUAUGAGAAUGCAUACAGAAGCCUUAUAGUCACAAGGGAAUAAUAGAGCAUUCAGGCAGGGAGGAGAAGUAGUGAUAGACAUGACCCUGACAUUCCCAUCUACAUUAUUUUGAAUUCUGUUAUUACAUUACCUUUAUUUAUGGGUUCAGCUAUAACUGGAAUUGUUAGUGUCCUGCUUGUGUGAAAGUCCCCUUGACAAGAAAAUAUGAUUUUGAUGUUUAGAUUACCAAGAGAAGCAUUGAAACUAGGAAAUGAAGAGGUAAAAAAGAAUCAGAAUUGUAGGAAAUAUGAUGAUUUAUCAUAGUUACAUGUAUUUCUGGGCUUUCUAUACGUUGCUUGAAUAGUGGAAUGUAACCAGCAAGCCAGACUGUUAAGUUAAAACAAGUCUUACUAAAGCUCUCCCAAUGUUAUCUUUUUAAUAUGAAAUGAAUCCUAAACUUUGUUUUUUGUACUAGUAAUUUAUUAAAGAUCUCUUAUAUGUGAGUGUAUGUGCACAUUCAUGCAUUUACAUAAACGUAUACACAGCAGCAACAGAGUUGGUUUUAUGAGAGGAGAAGUUAUCACUCAAUCUCCAAUUGUCAUUUAUGAUUCUUGUAACGAUCCAUGGUGGUGAUUGUGACAGUAGAACUUUUCCUUCUACUGCUAUUGUUGCCAGUGCCAGACUAACAGUGAUUCAAAAAAAUCUUUGUAUUCUGUUUAACAUGAUGCUUAAUUUUUUUUUUUUUUUUUUUUUUUUUUUUUCAGAAUGGUGAUCACUGUUUAAUCUGUGUAUUUCUGUAUUUCAUUACUUACCCCUUUGCUUCCUGCUUUACUCUAACUUCUCUCUCCCUCCCUUCUUUCACCUCCCACUUCCUCUUUGCUCCCUUUCUGACUCCCUUCCUCCCAUUCCCCUCUUUCCUACUUGUCCCCCUUUUCAGAAGGUGUUUUCCAUCUCUAUCCCAAAUCUCCCAUAUUUCUUCUGUAACUGUUACACAUUAAGUCAAGGACACUAAUAUGCUUGUUGUUCGUAUCUCAAGAAAAUUGUAAUAUAUUUCUUAUGAAGUUUUUUCCUUUAAUAAUUCACUAUAGAAUGGGGAAAAAGUUGAAUGACAAUAUUGAUGUUGUUGACAUUUUGGAUAUGAUACUAUGAACAUUUUCUCUAACAGCAAUAUAUUUUUAUGUUUUUAUAACUGUUACAUGUGGAAGGGUUCAUGUAUGAUUUAAGCUACUUACUACAUUAUCAUCAACAUAUAUUCACAACUGCAAACCACAGGCCAUAUUUGGCUGACAAAUAAUGAAAACCAGAAAAAAAAAAAAAAAAAAGGUGAAGAACAUUAAAUGUGUAUAUUCAGAAAUGUCGUUAACUAUGCACAUU